AUGACCCCCCUCUUUCCCCUUUCUCCUACCUCGCCCACACCCCUUCAUCCAUUACUUCUCUUUUUACAGUACAUUAUUUCUGGAUCACUCCUGGCAGCAGCAGAGAAAAACUCCAGGAAGAGUUUGGCCAAAGGAAAAAUGAUAAUGAACUCAUUGAGCCUCUUUGCUGCCAUUUCUGGAAUGAUUCUUUCAAUCAUGGACAUACUUAACAUUAAAAUCUCCCAUUUUUUAAAAAUGGAGAGUCAGAAUCUUAUUAAAGUUCCCAUGCCAUAUAUUAACAUAUACAACUGUGAACCAGCUGGGUCCUCUGAGAAAAGUUCUCCAUCUAUGCAAUACUGUUACACCAUACAAUCUGUGUUUUUGGGCACUUUGUCAGUGAUGCUGAUCUUUGCCUUCCUCCAGGAACUUGUGGUAGCUGGCAUCGUUGAGAAUGAAUGGAAACGCACGUGCUCCAGGCCCAAAGCUACUCGAGGCCACCAGGAAGAAGCCACGUCUACCCUCGAUGACGCCCAUGGAGGGAACACUGAAAGAAGCAUUCAGAUACAUGACAAAAGGAGUUUUGACAGCAAAAUGACAACGCCCAGAAAUUCAGUGAAUGGGACAUUCCCAGCAGAGCCUAUGAAAGGCCCUAUUGCUGUGCAACCUGUUCAAAAAGUGACCCUCAGGAGGAUGUCUACACCACUGGGCCCCACACAAAGCUUCUUCAUGAGGGAAUCUAAGGCAUUUGGGGCUGUCCAGAUCAUGAAUGGGCUCUUCCACAUUGCCCUGGGGGGUCUCCUGAUGAUCCCCACUGGGGAAUAUGCACCCAUCUGUGUGACUGUGUGGUACCCGCUCUGGGGAGGCAUUAUGUGCUGUUGUGAUUUUAUUCAUGAAAAAUUUGGAAGUGACAUCUUCCUGAAGUAUGUUAUGGAAACAGAACUAAAGGCAGACCUGUGA